AUGGCAGAUGGUUCAAUGGAUUUCUUGAACACCAUGACAGAUUUACACCGCGUGAUAUUAAAGUGCCUUUUGCGUCAGCUAGAGCGGUUCAAUGAUGUAUAUUCCGAGCACAGGGCCUUGGUGCAAUCUGCACUGGCUGAUCUGGUGAAAUUCCAGGAGCUGGAGUUCCCUGAGGUCGUUGUACUUGGACCCGAUUGCCAUAAUGAAGAUUGGGACCGUGAUACUGAGUUUACGCUAAAAUCAUACGACGUGUGGGGUGUAGUGCAAGGCAGUCAAGAAAAAUCACAGGCAUUGGGUGAAACGGCAACGAGUGCACAAAUCGCCAGCUAUGAAAAAGAAAAGCAUGCCUAUGAAAGGGCCGAUUGUAUUGCACAAAAAAUCAUAGUAAAAACGUGCAGUGAUAAGGUGUUGAUACACAUUUUAAAUAGCAAUAGUGCUAAAGAAAUGUGGGACAAACUUAUGGUGCUUUAUGAUAGAAAAUCUGGAGUGGCCGUCAACACAGUGCAGCAGUCCUGGUGCAACUAUGUCAAGGAUCCUGCAGAUGAUAUCGACACACCCAUUUCCAAGAUAGAGAAUAUGGCCUUUAAACUAAACGUCGUGGACCUGAAGUAUAGUGAUCAGGACGUUAUAUGCAAGAUACUCAACACACUGCCUGAAGCCUACAGUCAUUUCCUUACAUCAUGGGAGUCAGCUUCAAAAGUUGAAAGAACCAAGGAUAAUCUGAUCACGAGACUGUCCAUUGAAGAGGAACGGAUGCAGAAUAGAGAAGUGUUAGAAUCUAAGGCAUUAGCUGCUAACCUACAGUCAGACAAGAGCAAAAAAGGUAAAACUGGAAAAAAGUUCAAUAAAAAUAAAAAUAUCAAAUGCUACUACUGCCAUAAACCAGGACACAAAGAAUACUACUGCAGAGAAAAGAAAAUAAAUGAAAAUUCUUCAGAAUCAAAGAAGACUUUUGACCAAGCUGUAGUAUGUGAAGCAUUUGCGUCUGAACUGCAUAAACAGAAAAAGGAAGAUCUUUGGUAUAAAGACUCUGGUGCUUCAGAUCACAUGACUUAUAAAAAGGAAUGGUUCUCUACAUACAAGCCUUUGGACCAAGAAUUUUGGGUGCGAUUAGCUGCACUUGACAGAGGAAUGGUUGAAAUAUCUAAUAAAUUUGAGACUAGGUUUACCAAGCAUGGAAGAACAAUCAUAAUUGGUAAACGCAAGCAUGAAAUCUCUAAACUUUUUAUUAUGCAAAUAAAAGUGCAGAUGCCUGACAGUGAAAUACACCCACACUUGAAUGACAAACAUACUGCUUUAGUAUCAGAAUCUUUGGAAAACUGGCAUCAAAAAUCUGUGUACUUUCUCAACUUAAAGAGUGAUGCUAAAAGAUGCAUAAAAGACUUUGUACUGAAGAGUGAAAAGCAUUGUCCUGAAGGUAUAAAAACCAUACAUACUGACAAUGGUUUGGAAUUUGUGUGCAAAGAAGUCCAAGAGCUUUUAUCUGAACAUGUCAUUACACAUGAACGCACAGUAGUGCAUACACCUGAACAAAAUGAUUCAGCAGAACGUGAAAAUAGAACCGUCGUUGAUGCUGCUCGUAUUGUGCUACUAUCUAUCUACUCACACAUCCCCAAAAUACAAAGGAGAAAGUGUGAUGCUAAAGUGAAACGAGGUUUUUUUAUUGGAUAUGAGGACAACACUAAGGGGUAUAGAAUCUGGCAUCCUGAUACAGGAAAAAUAGAAAUAGCCAGAGAUGUCAUUUUUGGUAAGUCUGGCACUCCUUUUGAAGAUAAAAGUCAAAUGUCAUAUUUAUAUUUUCCUGGAGAAGAAGACAACGAAGAUUCAAUCAAUGAGAAAGUGGAUUAUUUAAAAACGAUGAAACACAGGAUAAAGAAGAACAAACAGAAUCAGCAGACGAGACAGAUGACAGUGAUGACUCCAUACCGAUUAAGAGAUCCAUCUUUACGAAAACAGCCAAAAAGGUAUGGCAGCUCAUCGCUCUUCGAAGAAGCUCUUGUAGCAGUAGGAUAUGAGCCAAUUAAUUACAAAGAUGCUAUAUCAUGCCAAGAUGAACAAAAAUGGAAAAAGGCGAUGCAAGAUGAGAUGGAUUCUUUAAAGAAAAAUCAAGUUUGGGAACUAGUAAAUCCACCUGUCAACUCUAAAAUUAUAGGCUCUGCAAAAGGAAGUUUAAUCAUAAACCAAUUUGACAUAAAAACUGCCUAUCUCAAUGGCCAGAUUCAGGAGGAGAUUUACAUGGAUCAACCUCUAGGUUUCAAUGAUGGUACUACACAAGACAGAAAAGAAUCAACAAACCUAUUGGUUCAACUGAAGAAAGAAUUUGAAGUCAAAGAAUGCACUUCAGAACUCUUCCUUGGUAUCCAAAUAGGACAUCAGGAAGAAGGUGCCAUCACCUUGCAACAGACAGCAUAUGCAGCUAAAAUACUUAAUAGAUUUAGGAUGCAAGACGCCAAUCGGGUCAAAAUACCUGCAGACCCACAUUCAGAUUUUUGUGUUGAUAUGCACACAAAUCAAGAAAUAAUCAACAGAGCGAGCAGAUACUUAGAAAAUCCGACAAAACUUCACUGGAAUGCAGUAAAGCGCAUUUUCAAAUACAUGAAAGGCACUCUAGAAUAUUGCCUAAUUUUCAAGAAAGAAAAUACCAAUACCUUGAAAGUAUACUCUGAUGCUGACUACGCUGGGGAACUAGAGACAAGAAAAUCUACCACUGGUUGGCUGGUCAAGUACAGUAAGACACAAAUUCAUGGAACUGACAGCUACGAGGAGAUAAUGUUUGAAUUCGAGUAUAUCAACACCAAGGACCAACAAGCUGAUAUACUCACAAAAGCUUUGCCUUAUCCGGCCUUCGAAUGUCAUCGAUUAAAGAUAUGUGCUAAAGAGUAA